AUUUGGAAAUUGGAAAUGGCUGCUAAAGCGACCACUAUAAAAGAGGCAAUCAAACGGUGGGAAGAAAAGACAGGUCAACAAGCCGCCACCGCCACUGAAGUUAGUUUGAUUUUCCAAUGGCCACCGAUAGAAAAAAUGGAUAACUCUCUGUCUUGCCUAACCAAUUGCGAAAAGUUGAGCCUCUCAACGAAUAUGAUUGAGAAAGUUUCUGGGUUAAAUAGUUUGAAAAAGCUUCGUGUCCUUUCUUUAGGAAGAAACUAUAUAAAAUCAUUUGCCGGUAUGGAGUGUAUAGGGGACACACUUGAAGAACUUUGGGUGUCUUACAACUUAAUAGAGAAAUUAAAAGGAAUCAAUGUAUUGAGAAACCUGAAGGUUCUGUACAUGAGUAACAACUUGGUGAAAGAGUGGAGCGAAUUUAACAAACUGCAGGAACUUCCUCUACUAGAAGACUUGCUUUUCGUUGGUAAUCCUUUGUACGACGGGUGCGAGCUGGAGGCGUGGCGUGCCGAGGCCGCCAGAAGGCUGCCCAGCUUGAAAAAGCUAGACGGGGAGACCGUUCUCAGGGAAGACGGACCGCCUUUGACAGUUGCUGAUAUGCAGCCUGACGGAGGGGAUGCCGUAGAAACGCUAGUUAGCGCAGAAACAAACGAUUAA